AUGCAAUUGUCCACCAAGAUCUUUGUCUCUCUCAUUGUCUACUCCUUCACUUUCCUGCUGGGUCUGCCCUCAAACCUGCUGGUGAUGUUCAUGUACAUCCGCAAGGCUCGCAAGCGGGGAGCCACGCCAAACGUGAUCUAUGCUCUGAACCUGUGCCUGGCUAAUCUGGCACUGGUAGCAUGGCUGCCAGUCAAGGCCCUGGAGACUAUCCAUCAGAAUUGGGCUCUUCCAUUAUUUCUCUGUCCUGUCUACAACUUCUUCCUGUUCUCCUCAAUUUACGGUAGCUGCCUCUUCAUUACAGCCGUGACAGUUGGCCGCUACCUCAGCAUCGCCUUCCCUAUCAGCUACAAGCUGUACCGGAGUGGACGAAUCUCCUGCUUCAUCAGCGCUGCCCUGUGGGCUGUGGUUUUGCUACACCUGGGUCUGGGUCUGGCGGUGGAGGAUGGGGGCAGCUUCGUGUAUAAAUCCACCUCAAACAUGUCUGCCUGCUUUGAUAACUUCACUGACGACCAGCUGGAAUUUUUGCUGCCAUUGCGCCUGGAGAUGGGAAUCCUCCUCUUCCUGCUGCCAUUGGCCGUGACCGCCUCCUGCACCCUGCGCUGUGUGGCCUUGGUGUGGCACUCCUCCCUGCCUGCCUUCGGGAAGAGGCGUGUCUUGGCAGUGGCUCUUUCCACUCUGGCUGUGUUUGUGGUGUGCUACGCGCCCUACAACAUCUCACAUUUUGUGGGUUUUGUGCUGCAGAAGAACGUUCCCUGGAGGACUGAGGCAAUGCUGUCCAGCUCUUGUAAUGUGUUCCUGGAGCCUGUGGUUAUGCUGAUGUUGUCCCCAGCAACGCAACGCGGCCUAAUGGGAAGGCUCUGUGGAAGGCCUAGCACCUAUAGGACAGAGGAGCGCCAUCGCCACUGUAGCAAAUCCAACACACAUGACCCUCAGGUCAAUGUGUGUUGA